UUCUGUCCAUGUGUAGGUAUGCUCUACUGACUCCUGAGACUUAUCCUCGUUGGACUGGUCCAGUCCAGGAUGGUAUACGACACUUGAUGAUGUCAGUCAACAUGGAGCCGGACCAGUGGCAGCUGGGGAAGACUAAAGUGUUUAUCAAGAGUCCUGAAUCAUUAUUCUUAUUGGAGGAGCUCAGAGAGAGGAAGUAUGAUGCUUAUGCUCGUAGGAUCCAGAAGGCAUGGCGUCGUCACCGGUCAGACCAGUACUACCAGACACUGAAGGAGAGAGGUAAUUAAAUUCACUCAAAUGCA